UCACUGCUUUCUGUGUUGGGAGACCUAGUGAAUGAAGGUGCCAGUAACUUCUUUGAAGUUCUCUACUGGGGUGUUCUACUUAAAACUCUUCAUUUAUAGGAACAUGCUAUCUAUGAUGCAGGCUGACUAAUUUAUAAGCCACCCUAUGUUUCCUGCCUCGGUGCUAGUUAGCAACCAGUAGAACAAGAUGGCGGCUUUCAAAAACGAAGUCAUGUGACCUCGGAUUUUCUUGCUUUAAACCCGGCAAUACGUUUUGUCACGAAAUGGGUGCCUGCCCUUCGAAUCUUGUGAUCCAAUCAGCAUUUGGGGCUGGACCACUAAUUUUAAGUGAUCUUUAGAUUGGUCCUUUCCGUCUCGUUUAGGCCAGUCACAGAGUGUCAUAUACAUCGUGGAUCCGCCCAUAAGGAGGGGGAAGUGACAGUAAUAUCGUCACAGCAUGGCGGUAUUGUUACCUAAGCACUUGAGGGAAGGUGGGACGUUUGUUGAUUGACAGGUAAAUUUCACCUACUGGGAUUUGAUAAUUUGGCUAAGAGUCCCGCCUUAGAGGUGGGGUCUUCUUUGAUUGCCAAGUAAUAUUCCCCAAUGGACUACUAGCUCGUGGUGACGGGCAGGGGGCUUGACUAAUGAGUCCUCGGCGUGGCCUGCGCAGUUCUCCAAUCGCUAGGCGGCGGACCCCAGUCAGAGCGGCGAUGGCGGCGGCGACGGCGGCGGCAGCAGCAGCGGGGGCUGCGGGCGGUCGGGGCUCCGGGCCGGGGCUGCGGCGCCAUCUUGUGCCCGGGCCCGGUGGGGAGGCCGGGGAGGGGGCCCCGGGGGGCGCAGGGGACUACGGGAACGGCUUGGAGUCUGAGGAACUGGAGCCUGGGGAGCUGCUACUGGAGCCCGAGCCGGAGCCCGAACCUGAAGAGGAGCCGCCCCGGCCCCGCGCCCCCCCGGGAGCUCAGGGCCCUGGGCCUGGUUCAGGAGCCCCCGGCAGCCAGGAGGAGGAGGAGGAGCCGGGACUGGUCGAGGGUGACCCGGGGGACGGCGCCAUUGAAGACCCGGAGCUGGAAGCGAUCAAAGCUCGCGUUAGGGAGAUGGAGGAAGAAGCUGAAAAGCUCAAGGAAUUACAGAACGAGGUAGAAAAGCAGAUGAAUAUGAGUCCACCGCCGGGCAAUGCUGGCCCCGUGAUCAUGUCUAUUGAGGAGAAGAUGGAGGCUGAUGCUCGGUCCAUCUAUGUUGGCAAUGUGGACUAUGGUGCAACAGCAGAAGAACUAGAAGCACACUUUCAUGGCUGUGGGUCAGUCAAUCGUGUUACCAUCCUUUGUGAUAAAUUCAGUGGCCAUCCUAAAGGGUUUGCAUAUAUAGAAUUCUCAGACAAAGAGUCAGUGAGGACCUCCUUGGCCUUAGAUGAGUCCCUUUUUAGAGGAAGACAAAUAAAGGUGAUCCCAAAACGAACCAACAGACCAGGCAUCAGCACAACAGACCGAGGUUUCCCACGAGCCCGCUACCGGGCGCGGACCACAAACUACAACAGUUCCCGCUCUCGGUUCUACAGUGGUUUCAACAGCAGGCCCCGGGGUCGUGUCUACAGGGGCCGGGCUAGAGCGACAUCAUGGUAUUCCCCUUACUAAAAAAAAGUGUGUAUUAGGAGGAGAGAGGAAAAAAAGAGGAAAGAAGGAAAAAAAAAAAGAAUUAAAAAAAAAAAAAAAAAGAAAACAGAAGAUGACCUUGAUGGAAAAAAAAAAUAUUAAAAAAAAAAAAAGAUAUACUGUGGAAGGGGGGAGAAUCCCAUAACUAACUGCUGAGGAGGGACCUGCUUUGGGGAGUAAGGGAAGGCCCAGGGUGUGGGGCAGGGGCUGCUCAUUCCCUCUGGGGGAUUCACCAUGGACACGUCUCAACUGCGAAAGCUGCUUCCUGUGUUUCCCUGUCCCACUUCACCCCCUUGGGGGCUACUCAAGGGUAGGUGGGCAUGAGUGGCAGAAGGGGUUUUUUUUUUACCCAGGGCUCUGGAAGGACAUCAAACUGUUCUGCUUGUUACCUUCCCUCCAUCUUCUCCCUGCCUUUCACAGACCCCUCCUGCUUGCUUCCUGUCCUGCCAAGUCUGCCUCCCACCCCAUCCAUCUUUUCUGGCUCCCUACCCCUCCAGAUUGCCUGGUGAUCUAUUUUGUUUCCUUUUGUGUUUCUUUUUCUGUUUUGAGUGUCUUUCUUUGCAGGUUUCUGUAGCCGGAAGAUCUCCGUUCCGCUCCCAGCGGCUCCAGUGUAAAUUCCCCUUCCCCUUGGGGAAAUGCACUGCCUUGUUUCUGGGGUUUGGGGUGUUUUUUUUGUUUUGUUUUGUUUUCCUUUGCUUUUUUUUUUUUUUCUCUUUACCCUUUUAUUUGGAGGGAACGGGAGGAAGUGGGAACAGGGAGGUGGGAGGUGGAUUUUGUUUAUUUUUCUAGCUCAUUUGCAGGGGGUGGGAGUUUUUUAAAAAAAUGUGUCAUGAAUAAAGUUGUUUUUGAAAAUAAAUGUUGUUUGGCAUUUGGG